AUUAUAAAUCACGUGUACGCACAUCAUUUCAUCACGUACCAACAUUCUUUCCAACGCGUCGUCGCAUCACGUCUUUCCUGUCCGCGUUUGCAAACAUGUCAAUCGUCACUGUCCACAUAGAUAUUGAUCACAACGCAGAACUCGAGAUAAUAAAGGAUUUCCUACUCAACUUCAAGACAAGCCCUCCCAGGGAAGAUGCUAUGGACAUCGAUGGCGAAGAUGUAGUUGAUAAUGAGGGAACACAUAAAUACAGAAUACAACUGCAACAAAUAGCGGACAGAAGGCAAAAAUCGCUGUACAUUGAGCUUGAGGAUAUAGCCACGAGAUAUGUCGACCUAUUUUGUCGCGCGAUAGAUGCAAUAAUGCCUUCAUCGACUGUAGAAUUGAGUGUAGAAGAUGAAGAUAUGGACUGGAGAAUCCAUGAUCUAACGGAGAAGGCUAAAGCAAGCGACCAGAGCAUGGGACCUGCAUUUCCACCUUCGUUGCUAAGGAGAUACCAUAUUUACCUAAUCCCGCCAUCUCAAUCACCCACAUACGCAAUCCGCCAAAUGAGGGGUGACCGUUUAGGCCAAUUGGUAAUAGUCCGCGGCAUGAUUACCCGAGUCACGAAUGUUAACCCAUUUGUGCAAGUAAAUACAUAUUUAUGCGAUCUCUGUGGCGAGGAGACAUUCCAGGAAAUAACCAAGAGGUCAUUUAUGCCAUUGGCACAAUGCACAUCAGAACGAUGCGCAAAAAAUAGCGUUGCCGGGAACUUGCACAUGAAUGUUAGAGGGAGUAAGUUUGUACCUUUUCAAGAGGUUAAGAUGCAGGAAUUGGAAUUGCUGGUUAGACCAAUUCUCCCAUCCAAUGGAUUCGUUCUUCCACAUGGAAACUUUCUUAUUCUUAGAUCAAUAUUUUUAUUCUUCCUACAGACAGAUCAAGUUCCUGUAGGUCAUAUUCCUCGUUCAAUGACUCUUCACCUUUAUGGACCCAUCACCCGCUCACUCAACCCAGGGGAUAUUGUCGAUGUGGCUGGCAUUUUCCUUCCUAUUCCAUAUACAGGCUUUAAAGCUUUGCGUGCUGGUCUUCUAACUGAUGUAUAUCUUGAGGUACACAACGUGACUCAACUCAAACAACAAUAUGAUAAAAUGGAAACCACGCCCGAGAUGUAUUCUCUUAUUACAAACUUGUCUCAAGACCCAGAGGUCUAUACGAAAUUGGCUAAAAGUAUAGCACCUGAGAUCUACGGUCAUGAAGACGUGAAAAAGGCAUUAUUACUACAGUUGAUCGGAGGCGUAACCAAGCAGAUGGGGGAUGGAAUGAAGAUUAGAGGGGAUCUGAAUAUUUGCCUGAUGGGAGACCCUGGAGUCGCCAAGUCGCAGUUGUUGAAAUAUAUAUCCAAAGCUGCUCCGCGAGGAGUUUAUACUACUGGAAGAGGAAGUUCUGGAGUGGGUUUAACCGCGUCUGUUUCUAGAGAUCCAGUGACUAGUGAGAUGAUUUUAGAGGGUGGUGCAUUGGUUCUAGCUGAUAAUGGCAUAUGUUGCAUUGAUGAAUUUGACAAGAUGGACGACACUGAUCGCACAGCUAUUCACGAAGUAAUGGAACAACAGACUAUAAGCAUUUCGAAAGCUGGUAUUACAACGACUCUGCAUGCGCGGACGUCCAUUCUCGCAGCAGCCAAUCCUCUGUAUGGGAGAUACAAUCCUAAAGUAUCCCCAGUGCACAAUAUCAACCUCCCGGCAGCAUUACUGUCUAGAUUUGAUAUUUUGUUUCUAAUUUUGGAUACACCCACACCAGAAGAUGAUACACGGUUGGCGCAACAUAUUACUCACGUACAUAUGCACGAGAAACAUCCGAAUAUGGAUUUUGAGUCAUUGGAUACCUUGACGAUAAGGCAUUACAUUUCUGAAGCACGCAAGAAGCGCCCGGUGGUUCCGGAAGAUAUCACAUCUUAUGUCGUUAAUGCAUAUGUCAACUUGCGACAAAAGCAGAAACAAGAUGAAUUACGUCAGAAAGAAUGUUG